AAUCGUUCUCUUCACAAACAUGGCGGACGUCGUUGUCGAUUCUGAUCGCAUAAAGUCGAUAGGUGACGUAUUAAAUAACGUUAAUGUACCUCUCAAAGCUCGAUUUCGCGCUCUUUUUACCUUAAGGAACCUUGGAGGAAAAGACGCCAUAGAUCAAAUAGCAAAAUGUUUGUUACAGGAUCAAUCUGUACUACUAAAACACGAAUGCGCUUACUGUUUGGGACAGAUGCAAGAUAAAUAUGCUAUUCCAGUAUUGGUAAAAGUAUUGGAAAAUACUUCUGAAGCGCCUAUGACGAGGCACGAAGCAGGGGAAGCUUUAGGCGCUAUUGGAUGCACACAAACCAAAGAAAUACUGAAGAAAUAUACGAGUGAUCCUGUUAAAGAGGUGGCAGAAACCUGUCAGCUUGCACUGGGAAGAAUAGAAUGGAAGAAUAGAGAGUCUCAUGAAACUUUAAUGCCUAAUCCUUUUCAGUCUGUGGAUCCGGCACCUCCGCAUCCUCAUACCGACAUUUCGGGACUGAAAGACAUCCUCUUAGAUGAAAAUAAAUCAUUAUUUGAAAGAUAUAGAGCAAUGUUUACCUUAAGAAAUUUGGGAACUGAUGAUGCUAUUUCUGCUUUGGGAGAAGGUUUGAAAUGUGAAAGUGCAUUGUUCAGACACGAAAUUGCAUUUGUACUGGGUCAGAUCCAGAGUACGCUAUCUAUCGGCUGCUUGACCGAAGCGUUAGAGAAUAAUAAGGAAAACGAAAUGGUCCGUCACGAGUGUGCCGAAGCUCUGGGCUCCAUAGCGACUUUGGAAUGUUUAGAAAUUCUUCGUAGAUACUUGCAGGACGAGAAAAGAGUUGUUAGAGAAAGUUGUGAAGUUGCUUUGGACAUUUUAGAUUAUGCUAAUAGUGCAGAAUUUCAGUAUGCAAAUGCUCUAAAACUGCAAGCUUGAAAUUUUGAACAUUUAAAAUGUGAAAUUAUGGAUUAAUAAAAACAAAGUUUGCUUUAAGUACACUAAA